UCACUUAAAGUAAAAUGUCCCGGCCGUUAACGGCAUCUCAAAAACGUUUUUUUAUGCAGCUGCAACGGGAAGUACACAACUUAAAGAGCGGUUUAUUAAAAAUUUCACAACAAAUAGAACUUGGUGGAAAAACCUUCGAGCAGCUUGAAUUAAGGCUCAGAGCAGGUGAGAACUCUAGAGAAAUAUUUACUAAACGCGAGUUAUUAAGAGAAGAAAAUAAAAGGCUAAAUGCACAAAAAAUGGAAUUUGAAAAGAAAUUAGCUUUUAUUAACAAGCAAUAUGUUUAUUAUCAGCAACAAAUUCAGCAAGCGCAAGCGCAAGCUCAAUUUCAACAACAAAAAAUGUUGCAGAAGCAACAACAGAUGCUUCAACUUCAGAUGCAUAAACAAGUCGCUUCCGAGCAGCACCAACUGCAGCUACUCUUGCAGCAAGAACAACUGCAACAGCGACAGAAAAUGUAUCAACAACAACAGCAGCAGCAGCAACAAAUUUUAUAUCCUUCACAAGUACAGCAACUCACUAAAGGUCAGCUGGUCCCUCAACUUGCUUCGCCAACGCCCUCCACCACUGUACCAGCGUCGCCCUCUUUUUCCUUUCCAGCGGCGGCUACUUUACAGUUUCAAGCGCCCAACGUCCAGAAUGAAUCAUUUAUAAACACCAGUGAGUUAUUAGGUGGUCAAGCACAUCUUUCGUCGUCUUUUCAUCUUUUACAGCCCAAUAUUCUUUCUCCGUUCCUUUCCAAUUUCUCAGCAGCGACCUCCCCUUCUUUCUCUGAGGGUAAACCUGCCGCCAACGUUUUAGGACAUCUUGAUUUUGGUGGUAACGUAAACUUAGAUGAACUAGAGAACGCUUUGUUAAACAACAAUUUAGGAGAAAUUAGACCUGUAGAUCUGAAAAAUACAGUGGAUAAUAAUGUUGCUACAAACAAAAACAUUACCGCUGUAUCCACCACUUCUAGUAGUGACAUAGUUAUUACCAACUUUGCUGCACAUGAUAAUAUUAGUAGUAGCAAUUCCAGCAAUAAUGUUAAUUUAAGCAAAAGCGGUAUUUUAAAUAUGAGUUUUCUAAGCAAUCCCACCUCUCAAAACCUUAAUGUGAAGCAAUCUCCCGCUGAAGCUAGCAAUCUCAACGAAUUUAAGAGCUCGGAUGUAAGAACGACAAAUAUUAAAAAAGGUACUAUAAGUACUAUGGAUAAACAAGACAAUAUUCAAUAUAACAGUAAACAAGUCCAUAAAACUCAUAAGCAUAACAAUAACAGUCACAGUAACAGUACUAAAAGUCAGCUUCGCUCCGAGGUAGACACUACCCCUCUAAACAAGACGCAGUCGAAACUUCCCGAGAGAAAGAGAAAACAAACUUUCCAGUCCCAAACGGAUUCAAAGAGAGAGCCAAGCAUUAUAAGCAAUGCCAGCCCAGACAGCACUACUUUUGCUGGAAGUUCUAAGCUUGGCACUGAAAGUUCUAAACCUUCGGAGAGUAGUAACUUUUUAGGCACCGAUCCCGUAACUACCAGUGGAUUUUUGCAUAAUAUGACAGGAAUUGUCCAUGGAAGUGAACAAAAAAGCGGGACUGCCAACACCUCUUUCAUGUCGGGCGUGCAAACUUGCUUCACUGAGCUUUCUCCUCUUGAAGAAAGUCCUCAACCACCAACGGCAACACUGCCUUCUACAAGUUUGUCUGGGAUUUCGACACCACAAACAACUCAGGACAGCUUAUCAACCCAAAGUAGAUCAGAGAAUUACACCACCGCUAAUUUGCAUGCUUCCUCCAAAGAUAACGAUAAUAAAGGGUCUCAUAAUGCUUUUAAAAGAUCCACUACACCGGUUCUUUUUCCGAGAAGCAGAGGACGCCCGGGGAAUCUGAUUAACAAAGAUAGCUUCUCUAAGCUGAAGAUGAAAAAGGAGAAAUCUUUAUUAUCUCCUGCAGCGCCGGUGUCUUCCAACAUUGUUGCACCAGUUAUUACUCCUUCAACUAAUUUAGAGCCCAUGAGGAGUAUAUACACGAGUUCUAAUUUCGAAACUUUGACGCCCCGCCCUUUAAUCGUUCCGGAAAUCAAACAACCGAAAUCUUCCUACUUGCAUUCUCUAAAUUUUUCUGAUAAUACAGUAAAACAAAAAGAACAGCUUUUGUUGGAUAAGAAAUUGCUAAAUGACUUAAUAUUGCAAAUUGAUCCUCGCCUAAAAUUAGACGAGGACAUUGAAGACCUGCUUUUGGAAUUUGCGGAGGAGUUUGUCAGCGAUGCCGUCCGUUUUUCCUGUCAGUUGUCUAAACAUCGGAAUUCUCAGGCAUUGGAAGCCAAAGACAUUCAACUUUAUUUGGAGCGCCAGUGGAACAUGAGCAUUCCUGGCUUUGCGGAGUUUAGAAGCACAGACGUUUCGAAAAAAACGGACGCUCACGUGGAACGCGUAGCACUUAUACAAAAGUCGCUUUCUUUGCACAAUACGGAAGUUUAAUUUCGCAAGUAAAUAAACGAACUGGCACUGCUUUUUUAGAGUGGACAGUGGAUUAAAAAAAAAAAAAGGAAAGUCGUGAUAGAUUGGUGCUCAACACCGUCACUUUUAUUAAUAGUU